AUGGAGAAACUUGUUGCUUUCACCUCUUUUCUCUUGUUGCUUCAGUAUUAUGUUAUAAGCAGUUCAGCCAUGAACCAAUUUAAUAUCUCCACUGAUCAAUUAUCUCUUCUUUCCCUGAAAUCUCAAAUCAUUUCGGACCCCUUUCACUGCCUGGAUGAAAGUUGGUCUCCAGGUACAUCUAUUUGUCAUUGGGUUGGAGUCACUUGUGGCUCUCGUCACCUGAGAAGGAGAUUCUUGAAUCCUUCCAACAUGGAUCUUACAGGAGUAAUACCUAGUGAACUAGGGAACCUCACAUUUCUUGUUUCUCUUGAUUUGGUAAGCAACAAUUUCCAUGGAAAUUUGCCUCAAGAAAUGGCACACUUGCAUCGGCUUAAGUUUCUUGAUUUAAGUUUCAACAGCUUCAGCGCGGAGGUUCCCUCUUGGAUCGAAUUCAUUGCAUUUACUGGCAAUAGCUUAUCAGGAUGUCUUCCCAAUGGUUUAUGCAAUGGUCCCCCAAUACUCAGAGGGCUUUAUCUAUCCAAAAACAAGCUUCACGGUCAUAUGCCUAUAAGCUUAUCAAAUUGUUCACAACUUCAACUCUCGGGUUUAUUGGAAAAUGAGUUUGAUGGACCAAUACAUAGUGAAAUAGGAAGAUUGAGUAACUUGCAGAACAAUCUUAGUGGAUUCUUACUAUGGGAGAUUGGCAACUUAACCAAGAUGCAACAUCUACAGAUUAGUGGAAAUAUGCUUAUAGGUGAAACACCCAAAGAGAUAAGCAAACUCGUUGAGUUGGAGGAACUUAGUCUUAGGAAUAAUAGAUUUAGUGGUUCACUUGAUAUGGAGAUCUUCAACAUAUCCGGGCUUAGUGUGUUCUCAGAAGUGGAACUGCCAUUGCAGUUAAAGUGUUCAAUCUGCAACUACAUGCAGCAUUCAAGAGCUUUGAUACGGAAUGUGAAGUUCUGCGCAGCCUUCGCCAUAGGAAUCUCUUAA